UGGUCAGAGGACGUUGAAAAGGUGGUGGCAGACUCCAUGUGCGUUUGGUCGCUGUCUUUUGACUGAAGGUUAAACAUUGCUGCUAGUUCACUGCGUUUCAUCGGAGCCUGGUGGGGUUUUAAACGGCUUGAAAAUCCAAGAUGGACCCCAUGAAAGCGCAGCAACUGGCGGCUGAACUCGAGGUGGAAAUGAUGGCAGACAUGUACAACCGAAUGACCAACGCAUGUCACAGGAAGUGUGUUCCUCCUCACUACAAGGAAGCAGAAUUGUCGAAAGGCGAAGCAGUGUGUCUGGAUCGCUGCGUGGCCAAAUACCUUGACUUACAUGAAAGGCUGGGCCGCAAACUCACUGAGCUCUCUGUACAGGAUGAGGAGAUGAUGAGGAAAGCAGCCACUGGCACUGGCUAGAUCUACAAGGACUCUCAAAGAGCAACAACGUGCGGCCUUGGGUGGACUGGAGAGGGAAAGGAAACACGCUAACAUAUUACAGACGUCCAAACGAAAUGGAGCUGGAGUAUAGUAAUGUGUGUGAGAAGACACCUCACUAGUCUUCAGUUAAAUCUCUCUCCCGAGUUUGAAGCUGUGGUUGGAGUAAUAAAGUGACCCAGAUUUGAUUUGCCCACAGGUUGCUUGUCAAAUUGCAGAAUCCUUGUUGGAAUUGGUAAUCAGUUACUGUGACAUGAUUGACUUACUCAUCAGUUAGUGUUUCGUCUAAAAGCCCAAAUGUAUGUGGACCACGUUGUGCAUGAUGGACAUUACAUUUGUGCAGAUUUUCACCAGUGGGGCUUUUUUUUUUUUUAUAUAUUUUUUUUAACAAUCAUGCUGAACACUGUAAAAGAACGUGCAGAUAUGUUUUAUCAUUCAUGAUGGAUGACUCAUAUUUGCUGCACACUAAUUAAAUCUCUUACUAUAUGCA